AUACUUUUAUAGGCGUUUUAUCAACACGGAAGGGAAAACAGAAAAUGGCGCAUGCGCAGUGCCGGGCGCUCCAGAGGCAGAGCGACUCCGCGAUGACGUCACCCAUUCAACCGAGGCGAAACAAGCCUAGACACAUUACUGCAACUGACAGCUUUGGUCAGGAGGACAACAGCGGUACUUUGUCACUGCGGCGCCCGAGUGGUGGCGACGAUGACUCUGGAGGACGAUCUCACGUCCGCGGCCGCUAAGGGGAACACGGCCGAGGUGGAGCGGCUCCUGCGGGCAGGGGCGGACGUCAACGCGGCCAACCGGCUGGGACACACCGCGCUGCAGGCGAUGAUGAUGGGCAGCACUCCCGUGGCGCGGCUCCUCCUGGACCGCGAUGCGGACCCCAACGUGGCGGACCCACGCACCGGGACCACGCCGCUGCACGACGCGGCCCGGACGGGCUUCGUGGACACGGCGAGGCUGCUGGUCAGCUUCGGCGCGGACCCGCAGGCCACGGACCGCUGGAACUGUCGGCCCGUGGACGUGGCCCGGACACACGGACACGCCGACCUCCUGGCUUUCCUGGAGACUCUGUGAAGAGGAGGACUGUCCCCUUUUUACCUAUUUUCUUUAUUUAUUAACGAAUAUUUUAAUUGGACGUUGCAAGGAAAUUAAGUUUGGCGCAAAGCUCGGGUGGGCCGUGGGGAAAAUGAUCCUGUUUUACUGGAUCCAUAUUACUACACAUCUCCUUUUAAUACAAUUCUACAAAUACGAUAUUAAUGCACUUUAUCAGAAUGCCAAAGGCAUGUUUACUUUAAACAUUUUACUGACCUGCCCUGGAUGUGACGUCACGUAUAUCAUUAAAAUACACUUUAAAAACAACUAUACAAACAACCUUCUUUUUUUCUUUUUUUUUUUUUUUAGCAGUAAAAAAAUAUGACGUUCAAUAUAGUAGGGUAUACGUGAAGAUGGUGCAGUAUAGACAAUCAAAAGUCAAAGGAAUAAGCACUUUUUUUCUUAAAAACAGAUUAAAUUGAAUACAUUAGAUCAGGUGUCCAAGCUAUUUCUACUUUUUAAAAAAAUAAUCUAUGAAUGCGGUCGCUAUUUUGAUGUUUUUCAUUUUCAAAACCAAGGCAAUGUAAAAAAAAAUUAAACAGCCUGCAAGUCAGUUUUGAUAUGAUGACACCAUUUUCUCAAUACAAAGCAAUGUGCGCUUUUAUUCAACUUUUUAUGUUUUUUUUUUUAAGUAAUACUAUUUGUAGAAUGCGUUGCGGGGUCGAUAAAUAAUGUGCGCCUCUGGUCACACUCCAUUAGAUUACUGUGCUCAAGUUAUUUGAUUUUAAGAGUUAGUUUCAAAAUAAGAGACGUUUUACAAUAUGCAAACUGGUUUUGAUGAAAUGUUGAAUUUUGGGUGAGCAAAAGCCAUCAAAUUGAUUAAAAAAUAUGUUCUUGAAAUAAUUCCCAAGUUUGACCUUUUAAAUAGAACUAUCCCAAAAUACUGCAUGUUUUUAUGUAUUGAUCUGCACCUGCUAUUUUAUAAUGUGUUUAUUAAAACCUUCCUUAUCUUGAUUUUUUUUUUCCAACCUAUUUUUUCCAUCUUCCUUUAUCGCUCAAAGCGUUGUCAAUCAGUAUAUUUACAAGGAAUAAAAGUGUAUUUCAACCUGUUGCAACAUUCAACUUUAAUGUCUCUUGCCAGCAUGCUGAUGUGUUCAUA